AAUUUUAUUACAGAAUUAAAGAAUAACGCAGAUGGAGUGCCAGCGAUUUUAUCUUCGGAAAACAGAAGAGUUCCGAAAUGGAGCUAGAAAACAGGAAGAGGGAGGAGUUGGACUAUCCUCCGGACCACGCUGACCUGGCAGAACCUCAAAAUGUGGACCUUGCAUGCAGCCAGGAUACAGAUAUGUUGAUGGCAUCCACUGCCACAGCAAUGAUGAGAGGUCGAUCUUUAGAGAUGUGCAUCUACCUGAUGGACAAGACAGGGUUGCAAUUUGUGGUUGAAGAUGGCAGACGUUCGAAGGCUGAGGAGCUGCAAGAAAUGGUCAUACAGGACAUUGGCAUAUCCGAGGAGGCGAGAGAAAUCUUCUCGUUGUGGCUUAUGUCACCUUUGUUAGAGAUCCAGCUGAAGCCCCAUCACUGUCCAUUCAAGAUCACAUGUCAGUGGGACGAGCUUCUCAUGAAAUUCACCAAUGCAACUGAAGAGCAGGUAGAGAGAGAUGAGCCCAUCUUGAUGUUGAGGAGGCAGGUUUUCGUGCCGAGAGAAAGAGAAAAAUAUAUUUCAGACCCGGAGAUUGUGCGUCUGCUUUAUUCUGAAGCAUGUACGAAUAUCGUUGAGGGACGAUAUCCCGUGGAACCGAGAGACUACCACAGGUUUGCAGGAAUGCAGGCUUGUAUACAGUUCGGAAUGUACAAUCAAGCUGUGCAUACAACAAAGUUUUAUAAAGACAAUGUGGAAGACUUCUAUCCCGACCAUGUGUGUAAAAAGUCUUGGUCCAUUCCCGGGAUGAGACACAAACGAUCGACAGUCGAGGCAUGGGCACAUGAACACCGCGAAAUAUCUAUGGCAUAUACUGGUGAAAGACCAGAAGAAAAACAAGCGAUACGACUCAUGUACCUGCAGGACUGUCAGAAAUUACCAUAUUAUGGAGGUGCCAUAUUCCACGGCCAAGUCGAGAAGCCGUCUGGUGCAUUAGGAAAGGUCACGGGAUCACAUGACUUACAUGUGAAUGUUGCAAUAAACAGAGACGGAGUUUUUGUAAUCGACAAAGAAAAAGUGACCUCACUGCUUGGUUUGCUCUAUAAAGACUUAUCAUGGGACUAUGCAGAACCAGAAGAUGCAACGAACAGGGAUCGUCUGCCGUGUUUAUUCCUACAGUUCAAAGGCGACGAGCCGGCAGAUGAGAAAGCGUCGCUUGUUUUACAAGUCUUCUCGCGUCAGGCUGUGAUGAUGGAUGCAUUGAUUGAAGCAUGUGUAAGGGCUAUUAUGGAGCAACAGCAGCGGGAGGCUGGCAGCAGAGAUCAUGUGGAUGGUCCGGCGUCUGCUGCACCUCUUCAGGAGCAAAUAGCGGCCAAACUGAAAUCAAACACGAACACGUGCAUGUCCAAUAAACUCAAGCGGCUUUGCCUGUCUACAGUCAAUGCUCAAGGUAUGGCCCGAAAGUGGAGAAGCAAGGCACAGGCUUCCGUUUCUGUCGUGACGUAGACUUUAGAAAACUUUUCUGUUCAGGCUGCUCUUUCAAGGACUGAGGGUAAUUCUUUGGUCGUGCGAUGGAAUUUUAUGGCAUUAUUUGUCUUAUAAUGCGAUUGGGUUUUUGUCUUGGUACUGAAGAAACUGCAAAAUAUCUUUGAUAAAAUGACCCAUAACAGCUCAGCUAAUUGAAUCAAUGCAUUAUUUCAAGUCCUUGAGUCACCCUCAGUCCUUGGUAUUAUCCAUCCGUCUUCAUGUAGCACCACAGUCACAAAACUUCCUUUGUAUAAAACGGAUUGAAAAUGUAAAUAUUUCUAUGUGUCCACUGAGCUUGUUCACCGUGGCAAAUCACUAUUUGUUAGUAAUUGAAACAGACUGAAUUAAAUGUGCCAAAGUGUGUUCGUGGUGUUACAUCUUAAGAUCAUUUCUGUUGUAAGCAUAUCAUCUCUUCAAGGACUUCUGCUUAAUUCAUCAUAGCGAAUCAUGUGUGCUGUUUUUCACCAUCAGAAGAGAGAAGCUUGGGGCGGGAGAGAAUUGGUAGAUUUUGCCAGCUGGUGAAGUGACUGAAAAUGGGGCCUGAGCUACAUUUUGCUCAUCAAACCGAUGAGUAGAAUACGCUGAAAUAUUCACCUUUGUCAAAUCUGUCUUAAAUUUUCAAGCAAAGGAAAAAUUUGCAAUAUUGGGUUCAGGGUGUAAUGUAAGAGGAUUGGGGUUUUUGAAACAAAUAUUUGAAGUCCUUAAGGGUAAGAGAGUUCAUCCUGUUUCAUCUUCUGAAGUUUUCGCUUAAUUUAGUCUUUCUUUGGCUUGCUUGGGACUUGCGGUUUAUCAUUACUUAAGUAAUUGCUAUGCACGACGUCAUCAUGAAAAAUUUGAAUUGGAUGAUCAUUAUGUGUUGUUGUCCUCCAAAAUAUACUCGGCAGAUGUUGUUUGUAAUGUAUCAUUUAGCAAAUCCUAUCACUUCAUGUGAGUAGCCUAGACACUAUAACAUGGUUGUCUCUUGCUAGAUAUCAUUUUAAGAUAGGACCUAAAAUAAUUAGGUGCUCCACCUAUUUGUUGUAACAGUAUGUAAAUGUGUCACAACUUCUGAUUGUCAAAAUCUUGAUUUGAAAUGCUGUGGGAAAAUUGAAAAAGUACCUUGGACACUGCACGUCAAAACUUUCACUUCCCCAGAGAAUCAGCACCACCUUUCGCAAUCAUCUGAACACCGAUUCUGUUGUAUGAUUGAAGAAACGCAACUGAACUGAACUACUGACGCCUUCGCUGGAUUCUGUUGUAAUCGCCCUUUAGCUUGGCGCAUCUUUCUUAGGUUAGAGUGAUGGGUGUUGUGGCGAUUUGUUUGUACUUUUAUGCCGUCUUCUCUUGCUUACACUUUCUAGUUCAGAUUACCAUGACACUUGCAGUGAUUUGCUGAUUUCGACACCAGUGGUUUUCAACUUUGUUUGGAUGUUGUCACACUUGGUAUGGUACGGUUAGGAUGCCACCUUUAGCGGAUAGAAAGCCGCUGUUAACCCUUUUGCUGCAUAUGGAUAUAGGUCAGGUACAGAACACCACAUAUUUUUGGACACUUCCUUCAGGUGGAUCCAAGCAUACAUUUUCAGAAAGUCAAAAUGUUAAAAAGAUGAGCUUACACCAAAGGUCCUUUCUCCCUGGGGUCUUAAAACACACCUGACCAUGAAUGGAGGGAGGUUUAAGUGAAAUUGACCCAAUGUUGCAGAUGUAUGCAAUUGCAGCUAGUUCCGUGCAGCAAAGGGGUUAGGUGGAGGAUGCAGGUAAGAAUGUACGAGCAGGGUCGCACAGCCAGAGACAACAGAUAAAACAAUUACUUGUUUGCUGGUUUAAUUGCAAUCCAGUUGGUCCAAUAUAUAUCGUACCUUGCAACGAUGAUCGAUUCUGGUCACUGGCACUUGCAGACAAAUGCAGACAAAGCAAUUUUCAUCACCAGCAAUAAUUAUUGUCACUGUUAUAAAGAUUGCCUGCAUUUUGCUUCAGAUCAGUGAUUUAUUAAUAAUGAGACCUAUUGUGAAAGGAACACAUUAUAAUAGAUAUAUUCAGGAUACUUUGGUCAGCAAUGCCUUGCUCAAUUUAUAUAUUUUGUUAUAAAAUAUAUCCUUGCUUAUUUUAUUUAGAGACAGGCUUUCAGCCCUUAUAUUAUUUGUAGGAAUUGUCUUUCAAAUCAUGAUUCGUUUUGAUCCCACCGAUAUGAUCACUGUUUGAAUUUACAUUGAUCUCACAUUAGUGUUUAUGUAGUAAUUCAUCUUGUGUUGAUCUUGUAAACAUGUUGUAUCUAAACCUUGUCACCCCAGCAGUAGUGUUCGAUGCUUUGAUUGAAUUACGGUACAGUGGUGGUGCAGAUGACAUCAUAAAAACAGCAUUUUGGACAUCAAAUCACGUGGCUCACUUUGCCUGCAGGAUCAAGCAUAGGAUUGACAUUAAAAUUAGGGGCCGAAAUGAUGUCAUUGCAAAGCUUCCGUACACAACUUUGAAUACAGGUGAUCCAGUGUCAGCUUGGCUUGAGAAUUGUCUUGCUGUUAAGCCUUAACAGUAUAUGUUGUUCUCUGAUUGAUCUAAAACUGAUGCUGUUUUUGUAUUUUCCAUUUCCAGGAGAUAGACUAAAGUAAACUGAAUUCGCCAAUGGAUUCUAAGUAUUUAAUCUACUUGGCCUAGAUAUUGUACUUUAGCCAGAGUGUUCGUUAUCUACCUCCAUCAUAGUGAUAAUGAAAUAUAUCAGACGUUAGUCAAACUAAUAUCAUGAAAAUAGAAUAGCUUGUAAAAGUAAUUGAUGUAAUAUAAUUAUAGAUAUGUGUGAAAUGUUUACGAAAUUGUUUGUUUAAUGUACAGAUUGCUUUAUAAAUUAAUAAAUGUUAAAAGAAGAAA